AUGCUUGACUUGUCCUACUUCAAAUGGUGCGGUCUAGUGCGGUCUGGUACAUGCUUGACCUUAAAGUCUUCAACGGAAAAUAUCCCAAGGACGACAACUCGAACACGCAAGAUUGCUUCUAGGAUUGAAAGAGAUGGCACUCCGCAGCGAACAGCCUAUCUACGAGUCGUCCAGAGCACGUUGUGA